GGGCUGACAGCUCAAACAGCCACGACUGAAGGAAAAAAAACGCGAGAAGAAUGAGAGAAGAGAUUAGUGGACUGAUAAACUCCAUGUGAGUAAUGUUUCUGAGGGACUGGAGAACGACAAAGCAGAGCAAGUCCUCAAACAACGUCCUGUUUCUGACUAAAAUGACAUACAUUUUUAUAUAACGGUUCUUUGAACGUGCACGUUAGAAAAUGCGUUUGUUUACAUUUCGUUGCUCCGUAAAUUUCACGACAACCGACUACAAGGCGAGCGCGUGGAGACGAACACGGGGGCUACCAGCGGUCAGAUACAAAACAUCAGCCCCCAAAAACUUCACCGACUACGAGAGUCUGAAACAGACAUACAAGCCUCGAGUUCCUGCCCAGUUUAACUUCGCCAAAGACGUCCUCGACGUUUGGGAGACUAAAGAAAAGGCAAAUGAAAAGUCCUCUCUUCCUGCUUUCUGGUGGGUGAAUGAUGAUGGUAGAGAGAUCAGGUGGAGUUUUGAAGAGCUGGGGUUUCACUCUAGAAAGCUUGCUAAUGUUCUGAGUGAAGUAUGCGGUUUGGCGAGAGGGGACCGGGUCUUCUUGGUGCUCCCCCGAGUUCUGGAGUGGUGGCUGGUCAACAUCGCCUGUCUCAGAACAGGUACAGUUCUGAUCCCUGGAACCACCCAGCUUACAGCUAGAGAUAUCCUGCACCGUCUGCAGGUCUCUGGGGCCAAGUGUGUGAUCACAGAUGAGAGUAUGGCUCCAAUGUUAGAGGCUGUGACUCCACAGUGUGCUGCACUCACCUCUAAACUCCUGCUGUCCAGUAGGAGGCGUUCAGGAUGGGCCGACAUUACAGCCCUUAUGGGGAGCGCCUCUGCUGACCAUGUUUGUGUGGACACUAGGAGUGAUGAGCCCAUGACCAUCUUCUUCACCAGUGGUACCACUGGGUCACCCAAAAUGACCCUUCACAGCCACUGUAGCUACGGCCUGGGGCUUACUGUCAAUGGCAGGUACUGGUUAGACCUCACUGAUGGCGAUGUGUUUUGGAAUACCUCGGACACAGGCUGGGCUAAGUCUGCUUGGAGCAGUGUGUUUGCUCCUUGGACGCAGGGAACAUGUGUGUUUGCACACCAUAUGCCACGCUUCAACACACACACUGUCCUCAAGACUCUCUCCAGCUAUCCCAUCAGCACCUUCUGCACAGCUCCGACAGCCUAUCGGAUGUUGGUACAGGAGGAUCCGUCCAGGUUUCAUUUUCAGGCUCUGGAGCACUGUCUGUCUGCAGGAGAGCCUAUUAACCCUGAGGUGAUGAGUAAAUGGAGGGAGCUCACAGGCCUGGACAUCUAUGAGGGAUACGGGCAGACUGAGACUGUUUUGAUUGCUGGCACUUUCAAAGGCAUGGAGAUUAGACCCGGUUCCUUUGGCAAGGCAUCUCCAGCAUAUGACGUGCAGGUGGUGGAUGAAGAGGGGCAUGUUGUUCCUCGAGGAACAGAAGGAAAUCUGGCUAUCAGAGUGAAACCACACAAACCUUUCUCCCUAUUCACUGAAUACACGGAGGAGCCAGAGAAAACAGCAGAGUGUUACCAUGGUGAUUUCUACCUGACAGGUGACAGAGGUGUAAUGGACCAGGAUGGAUACCUGUGGUUUGUUGGCAGAGCUGAUGAUGUCAUACUAUCUGCAGGAUACCGAAUCGGUCCAUUUGAGGUGGAGAAUGCUCUAAUAGAGCAUGAGGCUGUGGCUGAGUCGGCAGUGGUUAGCAGUCCUGAUCAAGUCAGAGGAGAGGUUGUGAAGGCGUUUGUGGUGCUUGCUCCGGAGUACAAAUCCAGGGACCAGAAUGAGCUAAUUAGAGAACUGCAGACACAUGUUAAGAAUGUCACAGCUCCAUAUAAAUACCCCCGCAAGAUUGAGUUUGUGGACCAGCUGCCCAAAACAGUGAGCGGUAAAAUCCGGAGAGUGGAGUUAAGAAAGAAGGAAUGGGAGCAGUCAUAACCAAGCUUACCAGACAUACGCCUCAGCAUCUGUUACACUAGUGGUUCCUAAUCAUAAAGGACUUGAGAUUUAGUUGAUUAUUUGAAUCAGGUGUGUUGGAGGUGGUGAAACACAAAAAGGUCCAGACUGUGAGAUCAAUUUUAACAUACUGUGACAAUGUUGAUUUCUGGUUGGCUUAGCUAAAUGUUUACAAUCACAGAGAAUCAUGUGUAGAAUCAACCAAAGCUUGUAUUUUUCUCUGACAUGUGUGAAAAUAUGAGCAGAAACACUCAUUCUGUGGAGGAGUGCUAGCAUAAAUGCUAAUGAUCAGAAUUAGCCUAACUGGCUUAUGUCAAUUCUUUACGGAUAAAUAAUCAUAAAAAUAGCAAUAUACACAUCAGCAUACUAUUCUGUGUUAGAUUUUGGAGCACUUAUUGGUGAUGUAAUAGUGCUUGGCGACUGUCUUCACCUGGUAAGAAAGAUGGAGGAAAACACCCUCAAAUACAAUUAGGUUAUGUUUAUUAUCCAUCUUGAGUAGGUCCCAAAAACCUUAAAACUGGACUGAUGGCCAAUGAAAAACACAGUUUUCUGGUGCCAAAGGCUCUGGCACUUUGUGUGGUAGAAAAUGCCCUUUGCAUAAGGCCACAAGAAUAUAGCAUAUCUCUGACGCAGACUGACUGAGUAUGCCUGUUCUAGCUGGGGACCUUCUGGGCCAAAGUGCUGUGGAGAGCCUUUAACAUCAUCUAACGCUCUGAAUUCAGUUCAUGAAGGUCUUGCUAAUUAGCUGAUGAGCUGAAUCAGGUGUGUAUAAUGAGGCAAUAUGCUGAAGUCUGCAGUGUUUUGGCCUGUGAGAAAUGGAGCCUGACACACUUGAGCUAGAGUCUCAUCUUCAAACCCAGCACUGACUUAUUAGACAAUCAUUUGCGCUUUGGUUUCAAGGUUGGGUUUAAACUCAGAAAACACAAUAGAAUUCCUGUUUCUAGAUUUCUCCAACCUUAUUAACUCUUGUGAUGAGAAGUUUUACAAAACAAACAGCAAACCAGAGGUAGUGAACUGUAAUACACAUAUUUGCCUGUAGAGGGAGACACAUUCACAACUGUUGAGCACCUUUCUGAUCAAAAGCAUAUUUUAAGAUCUAAUAUAGACAUUAAAACUGUCCUUUCUUGAUGUGGGUCUAUUAAUUUUAAGUGCAUAACUAUAUAAGCUGUAUAGCUGUAUAAAAUAGGACUGUCUUGAUUACCUAGUUAACCUCAGAUGUUUGAAUAAAGAAAUGAUCAAAAAUAGAUAAUUUAAAAAUCUCAGUAAAUUGGCAGUGAUUUGUUGGUAAUUUGCAUGAUGAUAAUGCACAUUUUAAAUUCCCCUACUGGUCUCUUUUAAAGUAAGAAACACAGCCUGAUGGACACAUUUAUAUGUAUUUUUGCCCUGUUUCAUAUCUUAUUUGUAAUUUUGCAUGGUGGCAGGCUGUGCAUGCUUUAUUAUUCUUCUGUUAAGUCAUUUUUAUUUUAAAAAGAAAAAACUCUGAUUACUAGUAACAGCUCUGUUUAAUAGGACUAUAAAAGAUCUUUAAGUGACUGAGCUUCAUAGACAGAUUUUGAUUGUGCAGUCUCUGCACACGCUCUGAUCUGCUGUUAUACAAGCGACCUGUAGGGUGUGUAUUCAAAUCACAGAUUAAGAUUCCAGUGGGUAUUCUCCAUCGAAAAAGCUUUUUAAUCUAGGACUGAGAAAUCAUCCCCUGGAGCACAAUACGGCAACAGAUCAGUGAAUCAGGACAGUGGCCUUCAGUUCUGUUCUGUGAGUUCUCUCUAGAGCCUCUGUGAUUGGUCACUGUUAUGUAAAUAUUGCGUAACUCUGGGGGCUGAUUUACCUUAAUGAGUGUUAUGUCAUGCUAGUUCAUCUCACCCUUGCUGUGUGCUCAGCGAUGACAGAUGCUGCUGGCUCUGAUGCUCUGAUCUUUGACCUGACCAGCCCUCGGUGCCCCCAGUUCCCUUGGGGAUGCCCUAAGAGAGAGCAAAGAAGAAAUGUAAUGGCAUUUUAAUUACCAGAUAAAUAAGUAAUAGACCAUGUAACAUAUAUUUUAUGCCUGUAGCUCGCUGUUUUCGUAUUAUAUUUUGUACCAUUUGAAAAUGGCAGCUGCUUUUUAUACUCUGUGAACAUCUUAUUAUGAACAGACUAAUAAAAAAAAGUAAAAAAUCCAGAA